ACCUUUAUGAUUAUCCUCAUCCUAACUGAAAACUAGAUUCCCCGCCACUCGGAUCAUAGAAAUCUCCGACGGCGGCUUAAAGGGAUAAGCCCCACGCCACGCUCCUCCAACGACAAUCAAAACCACGCUCUUCUUCUUCUUCUUCUUCAUUGGAGCUUCUAACGUUCUCAAAAUUCGACAACAGGGACCACUGAGGGUUAUGGGCCUAUGGCGUAUGGAUGAUCCUUAGUAUCCUCUCAAUCCAGUUUUUUAUUCCAAGGAUUUCAGGAAAAUGUACCCUGGUGGUUACACUGCUGAAGUUACAAGCUUAUCCCCUAAAGCUACAGAGCAGGAUGUUUACGACUUUUUCAGUCAUUGUGGUGCAGUUGAGCAUGUUGAAGUCAUCAGAUCUGGUGAAUACGCCUGUACUGCAUAUGUGACAUUCAGAGAUGCGUUUGCUCUACAAACUGCUGUGAUGCUCAGCGGAGCUAGCAUUGUAGACCAAUGUGUAUCCAUAACACGCUGGGGAAGUUAUAUUGAUGAAUCUGAUCCUUGGAACAAUCCAUACAACCCUGAAGGCAACACUAGCUCAAUGGCUUUUCACACAAGUGAGUUCGUUUCUACUCCUGGAGAAGCAAUAACAGUUGCUCAGGAAGUUGUCAAAACAAUGGUAGCCAAGGGAUAUGUUUUGGGCAAGGACGCAUUAACAAAGGCCAAAGCUUUCGACGAGUCCCAUCAAGUCUCAGCUACUGCAGCAGCCAAGGUUUAUGAGCUAAGCAAUAGAAUUGGGCUCACUGAGAAAAUCAAUGCAGGCAUGGAAGUUGUUAAAUCCACAGACGAGAAGUUCCAUGUUUCCGAUAUCACCAAAUCGGCCGCAACUGUUGCUGGAACAGCAGCAGUGGUAGCAGCCACAGUUGCUGGGGAAGCAGCUGUGGCAGCAGGAAGCGCUCUAGUCAAUAGCAGCUUCUUUGCCAAGGGAGCUCUGUGGGUUUCAGAUGCAUUGACUCGUGCAAGCAAAGCUGCAGCUGAUUUGGGUUCUCAUACCAGUAAAUAACCAACGUUCACAUUUGUCUUGUCCAUUUCAUCUCCUAGAAAUUUUCUUUGCAAAUAAAUAGGCUUUGAAGUAAAUUGUGAUCUAAUAGAUGGCCUUUCAAAAUGGUUGAGAAACAAUCUUGCUGGUUUUUCUUUUGACCA